AUGUCGUCCUUAACACCCGAGACGGGUAACCAGUCCUGCUGGGAUAUGGGUAAGUUGCCGGAGGCGCUGAUGAGAGCACACGAAACGCUACCAAACAACGGCGAACAGUGCACGUGUGUCUGUGUGCUUAUUUGUGUGUGAAGUGAGGUGAAUAGGCGACCUCUGAGGAGCUGGUUUGGCCUCUACUCCGCAGCCGCCGACAACCGCCUCCGGCAGUUCCUUCGGCUUUUGGUUCCGACGCCGGUUGCGUGGAUCUUCCGUUUACCUUGUCUUCGUUUUUUAAGCCAAUGAUUUCCAUUUUUCAAUUUUUUUUUGCCAUUUGCUAAAGCGAAUACAGCGGAAUUCUCAAAAGUUUUACCUUCUCUUCCUUUAAUUCGCUGAACUUGAAAAAAUCCAUAUCUUGAAAAUUCUUUACUUUGGCUAUGGCCAGCAGUGCUUAUUACAUACCAACUACAUUUUCAGUUUUCUUUGUCUCCAUUUGCAAGCCAUUGUUUAUAACUUUACAAUCUUUCUUGCCCCUACAAAAAACGAGAUAAAAUGGAAAAACUUUGAUUCUAAGCUGAUGAUGUGCCAAAAUUUUUAACAUUCAAAAUGCAUUAUUCGAAAUCAUCCUGAUUAUUUUACACCGACAUUUUCUUUUUCGAAAGCCAAUAAAUUUCAUAAUUUUUCCGAUUAUCCGUCAAAUGGUAAAUCAUACAAUUUCACGUUGCCCCGAACUAAAUAGUUUUCGUGAUCGCUGGACUUUAUAGAUUAAGAAAGUCCGUUAAAGAAAGACAUUUUUGAAACAAAUCUUAAAAAUGCCGCAACUGGCAGCCUGAAAAAAUCCAUCGAAAUAGCGGGGAUGUCAAAUCGGUCCAGAAAAAGCUGGACGUACCUAUUUCCGAACGCGAUCUUUGCCCAGCUGCCGGUCAGCGACGGGCGUUGUGGCCUGCUUCCAAGCGAAAUAAUGUCUCCCGAGCCAAUUUCAAAGCUCCGCUGAUACUUCCGACAAAUCGUGACUCAAUCCAAAAUCAAUCGGGUAGCAAAAGACUAUUCUCAGAUUUUCUUUCCGCUGCCAAGCUAUCAUUUCUGCUGAUGACAUAACGUCGAAAUAAUUUUUGCCUCUUUUGAUUUUGUGUUUCGAAAUCUUGGUUUUCUUUUACGAAAUUUUCGAUUGUAUGAAAAAAAGCGUUUCAAUCGUUGUCUCAGAAUAAAAAAUCUCGAACUUGACACUGGUUAUCCUGUCAGGAAAUCCAUCCGUUUUCUGUUCAUCAACCUUCAAAACUCAACCCAGUACUUAACCAAUUUUAUUUUUACUAGCCAGCUUUUCGCGAUUUCAAUCCGAUUUUCGAAAUAUAUUCCAAGCCGUUUAUCCUUACUAAACUAGUCGUAUGUUUAAAACUAACUGAACUAAUUUUUAUUUCCAUUAUCGUAUUCCUAGUUAAUUGAACCCUCUAUUCCUCAAAGAACUGAACGGUCAACUCCUCUUCUAAGCUUGCAGGUUCCAGACUUUUUCAUGUAUGUGUACUCCUCAAAAUCACGCGACGUCCUUUCCUCGCGACAAAAAAGGACUCGUGUGUGAAGUAUCGUCCUCUGUUGCGCCCAUAUUGAGACUAUCGCGUCAAAACUUCGGAACCGCCCGUGUGCAACCGAGCUGUCUUCUCGAUUCCUUCCGCCUACUCUUGGGUUCUUCUGUUUGCAUUCGAUGGACAGCGGUCAGAACUAUUGCUCCUCUUCAUUUUUUCCACUGCUCAUAUCCCACUUGAUCUCCUCUUUUUUCGUUACUCUAACCUCGCCUUCAUGUAACUUUUUUUUUCCUACUCUCGUUCUCAUUUUUAUAAUAAAAAACACUGAAACAAUUUCUUGUUGGAGAUUUCGUACUAAGAAAUCAUGUGCAGCGUGUUUAUUUUGGAAUCUUAAAAACUAGAAAUCUACUAAGCAUGCCAGUUUAAAGAAAACGAAAGAGAUAAAAUAUUUUCAAAUUUCUUCGCCUUUCUUCGAAAAAUUACAAAAAAAAGGGUUUUCUUUUCUUUUCUUCCAAUAUCGCUGAAUUCUGAAAAUUUUUUGGUUUUUUUCUUUACACUACGAAAAAAAGAUAUUCUAAUCCGUUUUUUUCAUGCUUUGUCUUUACUUCAAUCUUUUCUAUGAAGAUAUCAGCUUUUUUUGAAAUGAAGAGUCAAUCUGCCGUUUAUUAAAAAAAUUCUGAUUUUUCUGUGUUGUCAUUUGGUCUCCAAAAAGAUAUACAGUUUCUUUUUCGUUUUAAAACCGAUGUUAUUUUUGAAAAAGAAGGCUAAAACUUCACUGACCAUUAACAAGCGAACAUGGUGUAAAGGUGAAAAUCAAAACUCAUUGCUCAUUCUUCUUCUAUACCGCUAAUGGCCCGAUUUUUUUCCCUGAACAUUGAAUUUCGAAAUAUUUCAUCCUGGUCCCCGUUUGUUGUCUCGGAAUCUCCGGCACUAAAACCGCCGUGUUUCGCAAACUUGGCCUCCUCCGACGAGGCUCAGCCGCAAUGUUCUUAUCAGUUUGCCGCGUGUUCAGGCAUUCUUUCCGGUUUUUGCGACCACCGACGGCGCUAAUCCUUCCGCGCACCUCCUAGUGAGUCCGCCUUCUUCCGCGGCAGCAGAGCAGCAACAGCACAGAGAGAGAGCCGGUCUGCCUUGUCAGCCGCCGAGCCACACACCACAACAACACACGCUUCCUCGGGCCGUCGACGUCUUCAAGAUGGUCCGAAGCGCUUGGGCGCUAGUCACCGUCCUCGUCGUCGGCGUCGCCGCACAGUGUCCAACGCUGUCUGGACCUUGCCGAUGUGCACCUUCCGUCUACGAACCUGUGGCCAUCAUCUGCCAGAACGCAGGCAGUCUCAACAACGCUUUGCAGGCCAUCCAGGCCGCUCGUGAUAUUCCGGUAAGCUUUUUUUUAUUAUUAUUUUUUUUUCUGUAUAGUUUUGUCGUUUUUUUGAUUUUUUUCCUUGUGAAUUUCACUGAAUUUUUCAUUUUUCUAUGUUUUCUCUUCAUCAUAUGGUUUUACUAUAUUCAUAUUACUUUUACGAUUUUCAUGGACUAGGAAGACCUCUAACAUAUCGAAAAGAAAUUUUUUUAAGAAACUGGAUCUAAUAUCGUUGUUCUUCUUCUUUUCUCAUUCAAAUUGCUUACCAGUCGUUAGUCUCAUUUUCUUCAAGUUAAAUUUUAAUUCUCAUCAUAUUUUAUUUCUGAUAGCUCUUCUUGUUGAAUAUCGGAGAGGAAAAAAAUAUUGAAAGUUUUCAAAAGCGUUCCCUCUCAACUUCACUCACUUUCUUAGGAUAUGUUCUAUAAAAUGAAAUUUCCCACGUUCCUCAUUCUGCCAAUUGUGCUAUAAAAUCUUCAAUGUUUUUCAUUAUUAUUCAAUCGAUCCUGUUUGCAAAAGAGAAAAAAAUGCUCGUGUUAUAUAUGAAAAAGCAGAAGUAGAGGUUUUUGGGAUCGAAAAAAUUUAAAAACUUGUUUUUGCUCCUCUAAAAUAACCUAAAAGAUGUACUGAAGCAACAAGAUCCUUCAGCUCAAUUUCUUGUUCAGUAUAUCUUUUUUAAAACUUUGCUUUCAAAUAAACUUCAAAAAACCGAAAAAAAUUCCAGAUCGAUUCACUGACCAUAACCGACACAGCGGUUCCAAGCAUUCCGGCCAAUGCCUUCCAAUCGUUCACCAUUCUGAGGCUCGUGCUCAACCGCAACACGCUACAGAACAUCGACGAUCAGGCUUUCAACGGAAAACUUCUCGAUUCGUUGAUAGAGCUUGACCUCAACGACAACAACCUCGGACAGAUCCCUCAGAGCGGAGUUCCAAGACUCCGCAACCUACGCAAGCUCUACCUCAACCGUAACCGCAUCACGCAGCUGACGGCAAACGCUUUCGGCUCCUAUGAGUCAAAAGACCUCUUGCUCAAGCUCGAGCUGGCUGGCAACCGUCUUACCGACCAGACCCUCGGCAGUUCGGCUAUUUUCAGGCCUCUGACGCUGUUGCAGGUACUGAAAAGUUUAUAAAAAAUAAUAAUUCUUCAAUUCCAGGAACUCUCACUCGAAACCAACUCCUUGAGCGCUAUUCCAUCUGCAGCCCUUGUCAAUCAGCGAGGAACUCUGACCAAUCUCAACCUUGGAUUGAACAGCAUCAAUGAGGUUUGCUUUUUAAUUAUUUGCAGAAUGAAUCAACGUCUUCUAGGUUCCUGUUGGAGCUCUAGACUUCCCAGUUUUAACAUCCCUUUCUUUGGAGUUCAAUGGCAUCACUGUCAUUCCUCCACAAGCCUUCCAGGUUUGAUUGAAAAACUUUCUAUCAAAAUCUAUCCAUAUUUAGGGUGUGCCAAACUUGCAAUUCCUCUACAUGACCGGCAACAAGUUCCCGUCUUGGGCUCCGGAGAUGUUCCGUUAUAUCGGUCAGCUGAAGACCCUCGGCAUCGGAGAGACUCCCAUUUCGGUCAUUCCUAACAACGCUUUUAUGGUUAAAAUCUAAAUAAAUCCUUGUUUCUAACAAAAUCUUCAGCACAUUCCUAACUUGAUCCGACUGGAAAUGUCAGAAGCUGCGGUAGACACUAUCGAACGAGGAGCCUUCCAGCGAACGCCACAAAUCCAAGCCAUCGUCCUCAACAAGAACCGACUAUCUCAGUCAGUCUUAGCCUCCUCAAGCCAUUAAUCUGUUUUUCUAUUUCUCAGAGUCCGCGCCGACUUCUUCGAAGGCCUCAAUGACUUGUACUCGAUCGACUUGCAAGGAAAUCGAAUCGACAACGUUCAGAACCUUGGAUUCGCCAACCUGCCUUCACUGACUCACUUGGACAUCAGGUCAGACAAUUGCAAAUAUGUGUUUCGUGUUUCAAUGUGUGCACUGUAUGUAUCGUCUUUGUUUUCGCAUUCCUGAAGCUCAAAGAGAGUCAUUAUUGCUCAUUACUCGAGAGCAUAUUUUUUCCAACUUUUUUUUGUUUUGACAGGAAAAAUCUGAAAAUUCUGCAAAAGAGUUUUUUAACCAGCUCCCGAUUUGACUUUUUUCCUAAAUUUAGAGAAAUAGUUUUCUAUUAUGCACCGUCUAAUAACCUUUUAUGUACGAAUAAAAUAGUGAUGAAUCAAUAGGGGCUCAUCUAGGCUAAAAUUCGCAGGCCGUCGCCUGGGCUGUUUGUCGACCAAGUGGCCAGUCACCACUGGAAUCCUUCUGCCGCACCGGCGUCAUAUCAAAUAAAGUGCUUCUCCCAGCGCCUCGCGUGCUCUUUCUUGAGCACGGCGCCACACCUCUGUUAUGUAAUGUCAGGAGCAUGGCCCAGAGGCACUUGGACCACUCAUUUCUUUCGUAUUUGUCCAGUCCUUACGUGACGCUAAAUCUGAGUCAAGCGCUGGGAGCGGCUAGAAUCGCGUCGGAAGAAGCAAAAAAUCACCACGAGAAAGAUCUUACUCUACUGUCUAGAGCGUUUCUUUUCAAAAUACAUUGAUUCAGUUUUCCUCCAAAAGUACGAACUUCUGAGGAAGCUUCAAAAAAAUAACGAUGAACAAUUGGACAGCAUGAUCACUAAAUUUUCUCCAACGGUCUUAUAAAUUCUUAUCUUCUUUGAAAAUUUCCGAGCUUCGAAAAAAAUUGUUUCUUGAAAUAUUGUGUAUGUGAAGCGUUCUUCACAAAAUCCAGUCAAAGAAAACUUUUUUCAACGACGAAAAAAUUUAAAAACUUCCAAGAAUCUUGGAAGAGUCUUCUAACAUCAUUUAACAAUAUGAAACUUUUCAACUUCCGACAACUUUUCAGCUACAACUUGCUGCAGACGAUGCCGAGCGACGUAUUCCUCAAUACUUUCGCCCCAAAGCCCAACGACAGAAGGGUUAUUUACGCAUGCGGUACGUGAGACAAACUAAAGACGAAAUACUUGGCCAAAUUCCUCGGAAACUAGAACAGCCCGAGGCACACUGCCAAUCAAACAAUCGCUUGAGAAUACUCUACUAAAAAAAUUUUUGAUUGAAUAUAAAAGUGAAGAAAACUCGGAAAAGUGGAGAAUUCAGUGGUCUUUAAUUUGAUCAAAAAAAUUUCCCCUUCAAUUAAUUGCUUCAAACUUUUUCAUCAAAAUUGUUCAUCUCGAAGAAUUUCCCGCUGAAAUUAAAAUCUUCAAUUACCUUCAGCGUUGCUGGUCACGUUAUAUGCAAAAAACACUUUUUGAACCACCUUCUAAAAUUAGACCGCCUCGAGCAAAUAAUUUGACCGAUGAAACGCGCAAUAAGAGGCCCUCCCAACAAGACAAACAAGACUUUUCUGAACGGGUUCGAGUGGGAUCGAGAGAAAAAAAAACAGUAAGAGUUGAGACCAAAAUGGAGCACGGCUUGUGGAUAACGAGAGAACUCAGGAAACCCCUGGUACUGCAACAACGAGCUCGAGUGGUUCCGGAAGUUGCUGCGAGACAACCUCGACAUCGACAUCGAGAAGCCGGGCUGCCUCGCCGUCUGCGUCUCUUCUCCCAACGGCUGCCCUGUCGAAGGAACUCCUUUGCGGUAAGUCAAAAUUUCGGAGAAAAUCUCAACUUGAGAAAAUUUAACAGAUCGGUCGACUUCUGUCAGAACAACGAAGACGCUCAGCCGCUCACAGGACGCGCCUUAUCCGUCGUUGGAUGGAUUAUCUUGGGUACGCGAUGAAUUCUAUGUUCCACGAAGCUUAUAUGCCUUCUGGCCUCGAGAAAGUGAAAAAAAGUUAUUCCAAUAUUCGCAAAUCAGAGUCUGAUCUAAAUUAUUUAGAACUCCGUUAGAAAAAAACUUUAAUAGUCAAAUGACUCAAAAAUUUACAGCGAUCAUCAUGACAAUUCUAUGCAUAUCCAUUUGUCUGUUGGCGUUGGUCCGCUACGGAAUGAGCCACCGAAGAAAGAAGCAAAAGGACCAAGAAAUCGAGGAGGACAUCCGAGUUAUGUCGUCAGCUAGUAAGUCUCGAAAAAAGAUCCUCACUAAUCAGAAAGAUUCAAUCCUUUAACUUGCCCACUAGAAACUUACAACUUCUAGCGUCGGUGUACGGAGGCGGCGGCGGGAUGUCGGUGAUCGACCGGCCGUACUCGACUGUACCGCCAGUCAACCUGGAUUUGCCGGCGGCGCACACCCUCGACGACCGGCCUUCCAACUACUUCUACUAG